CUGGUCGUUGAUGAGUUCCGUUGGUCUUUGUUUGGUGAGGCGGACUGGUGCUCUGCUUGCUUGCUUGCUGCGUCGGGGGUUUCUUUUUCUUCGGUUACCGCGCGGCCAGGGUUUCUUGGUUUCUCGCUGAUGCGCGUGCGCGCGGCGAUCUGGUAGGGUUUGCGCCCAGGAGUUUGCUGCGUUUUUGCUCUGUUUGGGGGUUUCCUUAUGUAUUGCAUGCCCUUCUUGUAGCUCCACGCCAGCGCGAACGCUUUUGUUUUAGCUGCUAGUGUUGCCAUCCAAGAAAUCGUCGUAUACCUAGUAAAUUGCAACGUUACAAUGUACCCUUCAAAAUAUUGCGGGAUCAAACAGAUUUCGGCUGAGAAGCGAAAUUCUUGAGUUUCAGUGCUGAAUCACUCGUUGUUUGCUUCAGAGAUUUUGCCCUUUAUUGUUCAUCCUGCAAUUUUGGUGUGGGAAUCACAUAUUUUCUCCAGAGGCACAAUUCAUAAUGUUAUGCUUAUGUAUUGGUAAAUUUGAUGCUGCAGAUAUAAUGGAAAAAGCAGAUUUUCCCUUUUAUUGUUCUCACAUCAUCUUUUUAGUUGGAUUUUAUAGGUUUUAUCUCUAGCCUGCCCGGCCUUGUUUGGGACAAAGGCUGUUGUUGGUGGUGGUGGUGUUGUAUUCUUAUUCCACUGAGGCUGGCUAGGCAGGUGACAGCAACUGCUGAAGCACGAUGGCUGCUGAGGUUGGGCACCAAUUCAGUGGAUGGUCGUAUUCGGAUUUGCCUCACAACGACCACAUCACACAGGAUGCUUUGGUUCAGCAAAUGGUACACGAUCAUGGUUCAGUAUCAUUUGGUAGAUUUGCUGCAGAAACCUUGUCAUGGGAGAAGAGGUCAGUGUUUGCUCAUAACAGACGUCAAGAGGAGCUAAGCAAGCUCACGGCGCCUGGUUUGGUUGCGCAAAAGAAGGCAUUUUUUGAAGAAUAUUACAAGAGAGCGAGGCAUCUGAAGGCUCAGGGAGCAGUUAACCAGACUGAAGCCACAUUGGAGGAGAGGAACGAUGACAACACUCUUGGCCAUAGCAGCCAGGCAGAUCAACUACCUGCAGUUAUUUCUGAAGAUCCAGUGUCUACUUCUCCGAGUUCUACUUUUGAACCUUCCACUGAAGUGUGCUCAUCAGAUGAGAGGAAAUGCCAUGACGCUCAUGAGCUCGGGUACUUGACAUUUAAUCCUUUGUUUUCUCAGACAGCAAGCUUGCAGAACAGUCAACUGGAGGAUAGGUCUAGCUCUGGUAAAAAGCAAUUCCUUGAUCGGGAGUUCCCAUGCGCCACACACACAAGUAGCAAUCUUGGACUCAGCUGUGAAGCUCUCGAGAGAAAAGUUCUUGAACUAAGACGUGUGGUAUCAAAUGAUAAUGAUGAAAAUAAUGUUGCUGGGUCAAGGAUUGUCUUGCCAAGAGAAAGUCUACAAUCAGAAGGUCUGAAACUUGACCCUGACAAGAGAGGGGCAAGAAAAAAUGUAGCUAGUGUUAAUAGGUCAACGAAGAGAUCGAAGGACCUGUCAACUUCUGUUAUCCACAUCCCAAGGGUAGAUGUAAAAAGGAAUUCAGAAAACAGGCCCUCUCAAGACUUGAAGGAUCCAUUCCACACGAGAGUUCAGAUGAAAUUGCGUGCUUUAUCUGAUAGGAUGAAUGCUGAUAGAGAUGCAGUCACUUCUAGAUCAGCAUCUUAUCAGCCUCCUGAUAGAGCUACGAUCUCACGUAGAUCUUCAUACCAAAAUGCUGAUAGGCUUGCAACCUCUUCCGGAUCCAGUUUGUCUCAGAACACUUUGGCACCUUCUAGAUCAGCUGCUCAAGCCUCUCAUAAAUCCCCCAAAGGUGUGCAACGUGCAGAUGCCCUUCAUCGUGGGAUUUUGUUCAAUAAAGGAUCACGUGCUUCUCAUGUUGCUUCUAGCAACAGUACUGCUACUGGGAAGUCGGCUGCCAAAGUCUUGGUGAUGCCCACAUCUCAAGUUAGUGCAAAAAACUCAGGAACUGCUCAGGUUACAUUAAAAAGAGCAGCAGGACUUACCAGCGUAAACAAUGGAUCACAGAAUAAAAGGAAGCAGCUGAGCACACCAGCAGCAUUGGAUGAAAAUAACCCAAAGAGAGGAUAUGCGCGAAUAUCUGCACCUCCAAGCACAAGAAGCAGCUCCGACAAUCUUCCCCCUGCUGCAAAGGCACCUAAUAUUUCAAAUAGGAAUAAUGUGGCCAAGACUGAACUUGUGCAGAAACCAAGAUCAGCAGGUCAUCCUGUUGGAGGAAGAAGCAUCUUGACAAAGCGUUCUGUGAACUGCAAUGAUCAAAACAGAAAGGUAACCUCCACGCGCACUGGAAGCCUGGCUGGAUCCAGCAUGAGGAGCGAUCUGACAGGCGGUCCAUCACUGACUAAGAACAAGCCAAGGCAAGAGAGGCCACGGUGGCGAUGACGCCGCAGCAUUUGGUGCGAUUGGCCCAGAACACCUGCAACGACAUCUUGGAUCGCUGAAGAGUCUGAAACUACUCGUUGUCAGUUGCGAGUAUAGGGAUGUUUUUGGAACAAGAAGUUCAGAGACCUAGCGGCGGCCACGUGUCGACGAGGCUACCGUUUAGAUAUUUUUUUCCGCUGGCGACAACUGCCCACUCGCGGGGGCUUUCCAGAGUGUCUCACUCUACACUCGAUGACAGUACGACCCCACGGCCAAUGGCAACGAUAGGGUCCACGUAUCAGUGAAAUCGUUGUACACAUGGAGUACUAUGUGAGAAUAUUCACGCACUUUCUCGUUA